GCGCCCCCACCGCUUUAACCGGCAGGAAGCUGCCCAUCCCGGCUCCGGCGUCUCUCGCCUCCCUGCCUUUUCUCCCUCCUUCUCUCCAGCAGCUACUCCCCUCUGCCCAGCUGCUCCCCUCCCUGGGAGCCCCCCGGGGCCUCCAUGGCGUUGCUCGCCUCUACCAACCCAGCGCAUGCCCACUUUGAGAGCUUCCUGCAGGCCCAGCUGUGCCAGGAUGUGCUGAGCAGCUUCCAGGGGCUAUGUGAGGCCCUGGGGGUGGAGGCUGGUGGGGGGCUGACCCAGUACCACAAGAUCAAGGCUCAGCUCAACUACUGGAGUGCCAAGUCCCUGUGGGCCAAGCUAGACAAACGAGCAGGCCAGCCUGUGUACCAGCAGGGCCGGGCCUGCACCAGCACCAAGUGCCUGGUGGUGGGCGCUGGACCUUGUGGGCUACGGGCUGCAGUGGAGCUGGCGCUGCUAGGGGCCCGUGUGGUGCUGGUGGAAAAGCGCACCAAGUUCUCUCGUCACAACGUGCUCCACCUCUGGCCCUUCACCAUCCACGACCUGCGAGCACUCGGUGCCAAGAAGUUCUACGGGCGCUUCUGCACAGGCACCCUGGACCACAUCAGCAUACGGCAGCUUCAGCUGCUACUGCUGAAGGUGGCAUUACUGCUGGGGGUGGAAAUUCACUGGGGUGUCACUUUCAAUGGUCUCCAGCCCCCUCCCAAAAAGGGGGGUGGCUGGCGUGCUCAGCUACAGCCCAGCCCCCCGACCCAACUGGCCAACUAUGAAUUUGAUGUUCUCAUCUCGGCUGCUGGAGGUAAAUUCGUCCCUGAAGGCUUCACAGUUCGAGAAAUGCGAGGCAAACUGGCCAUUGGCAUCACGGCCAACUUUGUGAAUGGGCGCACCGUGGAGGAGACACAGGUGCCCGAAAUCAGUGGCGUGGCCAGGAUCUACAAUCAGAGCUUCUUCCAGAGCCUGCUGAAGGCCACAGGCAUUGAUCUGGAGAACAUUGUAUAUUACAAGGAUGACACCCACUACUUUGUGAUGACAGCCAAGAAGCAGUCCCUGCUGCGGCUGGGGGUGCUGCGCCAGGACUAUUCGGAGACCGAUCGGCUCCUGGGAAGUGCCAAUGUGGUGCCCGAGGCUCUGCAGCGCUUUGCCCGGGCAGCUGCUGACUUUGCCACCCAUGGCAAGCUCGGGAAGCUGGAGUUUGCCCAGGAUGCCCACGGGCGGCCUGAUGUCUCUGCCUUUGACUUCACAAGCAUGAUGCGGGCGGAAAGCUCUGCUCGUGUGCAAGAGAAGCAUGGUGCCCGCCUGCUGCUGGGACUGGUGGGGGACUGCCUGGUGGAGCCCUUCUGGCCCCUGGGCACUGGAGUGGCCCGGGGCUUCCUGGCCGCCUUUGAUGCAGCCUGGAUGGUGAAGCGGUGGGCAGAAGGUGCUGAGCCCCUACAGGUGUUGGCUGAACGUGAGAGCCUGUACCAGCUCCUGUCACAGACAUCCCCGGAAAACAUGCACCGCAAUGUGGCCCAGUAUGGGCUGGACCCAGCCACCCGCUAUCCCAACCUGAACCUCCGGGCUGUGACCCCCAACCAGGUACGAGACCUGUAUGAUGUGCUAGCCAAGGAGCCUGUGCAGAAGAGUGACAAGACAGAUGCAGGAAAGCUGGCCACCGCAGGCACCCAGGAGGCGCUGCUGCACUGGUGCCAGGAGCAAACUGCUGGGUACGCAGGUGUCCAUGUCACCGACCUGUCCUCCUCCUGGGCUGACGGGCUAGCUCUGUGUGCCCUGGUGCAUCGGCUGUGCCCCGGCCUGCUGGAACCCUCAGAUCUGCAGGGGGUGGGGGCUCUGGAAGCAACUUCGUGGGCGCUGAAGGUAGCAGAGGAGGAGCUGGGCAUCACACCGGUGUCGUCUGCACAGGCAGUGGUGGCAGGGAGUGACCCGCUGGGCCUCAUCGCCUACCUUAGCCACUUCCACAGUGCCUUCAAGGACAAGCCUCACAGCCCAGGUGACCUGGAGGGCCCUGUCAGCCAAGGCUCUCCAGGGACCUCCAGUGCUGUGCUAUUCCUUGGCAAACUGCAGAGGACCCUGCAGCGGACCCGGGCCCAGGAAAAUCGGGAGGAUGCUGGUGGCAAGAAACCUCGCUUGGAGGUAGAGGCUGAGACUCCAAGUACUGUCCCAGAGCCCAGUGCACCCCUGACACCCCCAUCCCAACACCAGGAGGCUGGUGCCAGGGACCUAUGUGCACUCUGUGGCAAACACCUCUAUAUCCUGGAACGCCUCUGUGUCAACGGCUGUUUCUUCCACCGGAGCUGCUUCUGCUGUCAUGUCUGUGAGGCCACGUUGUGGCCAGGUAGCUAUGGGCAGCACCCAGGAGAUGGGCACUUCUACUGCCUCCAGCACCUGCCUCAACCAGGCCACAAAGAGGAUAGCAGGGACAUAGGCUCUGAGAGUCCGGAGCUGCCUGCACCAGGCAAUGACAGCCUGCCAGCAGCCCCCUUGAUGCCCACGGUCCCCCAGGAGGAGGCCAAUCCUGCUCCAAGUCCCAGCCGGCCUGCCCGUCGGCUGAUUCGCCUCUCCAGCCCAGAACGCCAGCGCUUAUCCUCCCUUAACCUUACCCCUGACCCAGAAAUGGAGCCCCCUCCCAAGCCCCCCCGCAGCUGCGCUGCCUUGGCCCGCCAGGCCCUGGAGGGCAGCUUUGUGGGCUGGGGAGUACCAGCCCAGGGACCUCAAGGGCUCCCUAGCUCAGCUCUUGUGGCCUUGGAGAACGAAGAGAGUCCCCCAUCCAGUGAAGAGGAAGAAGAGGAGGAACAGGAAGAUGUUACUUUGGAUGAAGACACAAAGCAGGCCCUGCUGACCUUUGCUAAGAACUCAGGCACCAUGGACAAGUAUCCAACAUGGCGUCGGAAUCUGCUGCGCCGUGCCAAGGAGGAGCAGAUGAAAAGGUUCCACAAGGCCCAGGCCAUCCAGCGGCGACAAAAUGAGAUCGAGGUUUCUCUGAAGGAGCUGGAGGCUGAGGGCACAAAGCUGGAGCUCGCCUUGAGGAGCCAGAGCACUUCCCCAGAACAGCAAAAGGCACUGUGGCUAGAACAGCUGCUACAGCUUGUUCAGAAGAAAAACAGUCUGGUGGCUGAGGAGGCUGAGCUCAUGAUCACGGUGCAGGAGCUGGACCUGGAGGAGAAACAAUGGCAACUGGACCAGGAACUACGAGGCUACAUGAACCGGGAAGAAACCCUAAAGACAGCUGCCGAUUGGCAGGCUGAGGACCGGAUCCUGAAGAAGCUGCUGGAUGUGGUGCACCAGCGAGAUGCUCUGAUCCGCUUCCAGGAGGAGCGCAGGCUCAGCGAGCUGGCCUCGGGGAUGGCGGCCCAGGGCUAGAGGUCCGAGGGCUGUCUGCAUUCUGCCCUACAAGAAAGAUGCCCAUAGUGCAUCUCCCAGCUGUGUUCUCAGGACCAGUGCCUGACAUCACAACUUUGCCUGAGGACAGUGCUACCCCUGCUUAUCUAGGCUGCCUCUGAGAGAGCCUCAAUGUUUACAGUAAAUAUGUUUCUGCCACAAACAAGGCUCAUGCU